AAUUGAUAAUAAUCAAACUGAAUCAACAAUUUCAUCAUUAAUGAAUAUUAAUUGUUCAUUUAAUGAAUUAACAUCAUCCUCAUCCGCAUCCGCAUCAUCCGCAUCACCUACAACAAUAAUAUUAUCAACAUUUUCUGCUUGUAAUUUACGUUAUUCAUUAUCAUGGACAAUAAUAUUAAUUAUUGCAUAUUUAAUUGUAUUUUUAUUUGGUUUAUUUGGUAAUAUAUCUGUAUUAUGGAUUGUUUGGAUGUUAAAACGUGAAAAUAAAUAUAGACAAUCUGGUAUUGCUAUUACAACAACAGCAUUUAAUUAUAAUAAUCAAAAUCAAUUUAAUAAUGGUGAUCAAAAAAAUUAUAAUGGAAAUCAUUCAUAUACAAAAGAUAAUUCUUCUUGUACAAAUUUAAAUCAAAAUAUACAUCGACUUAAUGUUCAAACAACAACAACAAUAACAACAGCAAAUAAUCGUAUAAAUUUAUCACCAAAUCCAAGUUUUAAUUCGCAUAAUAAUUAUAAUAAUAAUAAUAAUAAUAGUGGUGGUUCAACACCACAAUAUCAUCAUCAAACAGUUUAUUAUCAAUCAUCAGUACCAUUGAUUACAAUUAAUCGUUCGAAUCAAGUUUUUUAUCGUUUUGUUUGUAAUUUAGCAUUAGCUGAUUUAUUAGUUGUAUUAUUUUGUUUAAUACCAACAUUAAUUGGUAAUAUUUAUCUACCCUGGGUUCUGGGACGAUCAGUUUGUAAAGCAGUACCAUAUUUACAGGGUGUAUCGGUUAAUGCUUCAGUUUAUACAUUGGUUGCCAUUUCAAUUGAUCGAUUCUAUGCAAUUUAUUAUCCAUUAAGUAAAAAAUGUUCAACAGUAAUGUGUUGGACAACUAUAAUACUGAUUUGGUUAUUCAGUAUGAUUAUAUCAUUUCCAUGGAUUGUUUAUUUUGAUGUUAUUACUAUUAAUGUUGGUAAUGAUUAUUCAACAACAACAACAACAACAACACUAACAACAACAACAGCAUCAGCGGCUACUAGUACUAAUAGUAAUGGUCCAUCAAUAAUGACAACAUCAGCAACAACAACAACAAUUCCUUUAGCAAUUGAAACAGAAACUGAAACCGAUAUCGCUGGUAAAACAACAUCAGCUGCAUUAGAUAUAAUGGUUUCAAUAUUUGAAACAUCUGCCAAUAAAUUUUCAGAUGAUUAUAAUCAUCAUAAUCAUCAUCAUCAUUCUUAUCAUCAUCACAAACAUCUUAAUCCACAUCCACAUCUUCAUCAUCAUAAUCAUCAUCAACAUCAUCCAAAUGAUAAUCAAAAUCAGGAAAAGAUUUCAGCAUCAUUUGUACGGCAGCAGCAGCAGCAGCAAUCGACCACAAUUCAGAUAUGUGGUGAUCAAUGGCCAAGUACAGGAAUGGCAAAUGCACAUUUUUUAAUUGUAAAUUUAGGUUUACAAUAUCUAAUACCAUUAAGUAUAAUAGCAUUAUUUUAUAUAUUAAUAUUGAAAAAAAUUGCUGAACGUAAAUUACCAAAAUUAGCCAGACAUUUACCAUCAAAUAUUAAAGAUGGUAAUAGACAAUCAUCAUUAGUUAUUGAACGUUCAAAAGUAAAAGUAUUUAAAAUGUUAAUUGUAUUGGUAUUAUUAUUUGCAUUAAGUUGGUUACCAUUAUAUGUGAUAUUUUUUAUAUUAAAAAUUGGACCACAAAUUGAUGAACAAUCAAUUUUUAUGCAAAUAUUACAAGAUUCAGUACCGAUUGCACAAUGGCUUGGUGCAUCUAAUAGUUGUGUAAAUCCAAUUUUAUAUUUUUUUUUCAAUGCAAAAUUUCGUUCAUAUUAUCGUACAACGUGGCUUAAAACAUUUAAUUGCCUUCCAAUUAUACGUUAUCGUCAUCCACGUACCGGUAGCGGUAGUAGUAUUAAUAGUUGUGCUGGUGGUAGUAGUAAUGGUGGUGGUGGUGGUAACAACGGAGGAGGUAUUGGACAUUCAACCAAUAAUAUCUAUCAUUAUCAAUUACAUUCAAAUAACCAACAGCAACAGCAAAAUUAUUCAAAUUUCAAUAAACAAACAUUUCAACCGACUGAUUUUAAUAAAUUACAACAA